GAAUUGAAGGCUAAAGACCAUAUCUGCGCAUGCACUAUUUAUAGUGCAGGGGGCGGUUUAUCAGCGCAAGGAACUCAUUUCAGUGGCCGCUGACGUGAUGUGGGGGCGUCUUGUCGUUUGCUUCAAGUUGUCAGUACUGGAAAUUGAGGAGACGGCUUUUAGGAGGAUCGUUUGACACAUGAAAGAACUGGCGCCCCCUGCCUGCAUCGGUGGAAACGUGUCUACAGCGAGUCGUCCGUUGUCUACCAGAGCAGUGAUGUGACGGUAAAGAUGAGAGACCAGCAAGUCGCCGAGAAGACGGUGGCAUCCCGUUGAACAUGGCCUCCUUCAAAGUAAACAUCAAGGAAGAGGAUUGUGAGUGGGGGUCUUCCAGCCUGGCCACCCAGAAGGGCCUGCAAGUGAAGCAGGAGAACCCUGAAUGGGGGCCUCCCAGUUUGAAAGAGGAGGCGUACGACGCCAUCAAAGCAGAAACUCUGGAGCAGACGGAGACCCAAAAGGGCAACAUGUUCACCGUCAUCAAAGAGGAGGACAGUAACUCCACCUUCAGGCCUCAUCCGGUGCCCCCCAAAGAGUUGCUUGACAGGGGUCCACCUUCUGUCCGGUACAAGUCUGAGGACGGAACUCUUAAAGAGGGCGGCCUCAAAAGUGGUGAGGAAGAGGAGCAGACGCCGUUGGUGAGACGGGCUGAAACACAUUUACAACAGUGUAAUAAGUGCCCUGAUGCUCAGCCUGCUUGUCAGUUCACGACCCAGUGGAAGCAAAGUGAUGAUGAUGAUGAUGAUGAAGUCAUAAAAUCAAACUCUAAGACUGGAAAAUUGAAAUUGCGCCCUCUGCCGGUCAUAAAGUUGUCAAGGAUAGAAAUCAAGACUCAACGAAAGCAGAACACUUUAAAGCCAACGACCUUAAAUGUCUGCAAAGACUGCGGGAAAACGUUUUUUCGCAAAUCUGAUUAUAAGCAACACCUAAGGGUUCACACCGGAGAGAAGCCAUACCGCUGUGCUGAAUGUGGGAAGAAAUUCUCGCACCGAAGUCAUCUCUCCACCCACACCAGAAACCACACAGGUGAGAAGCCUUAUUCUUGUUCCGAUUGUGGCAAACAUUUCUCUCAACGAGGCAAUCUUGAAAGACAUACAAGAACUCACAGUGGGGAGAAACCCUACUGCUGUAAUGAGUGUGGAAAACGAUUCUCACAGAGAGGCAAUCUUCAGAUUCAUGCUAAAAUUCACACCGGUGAAAAGCCGUAUUUCUGUAGCAUCUGUGGAAAACAGUUCUCACAAAGCAGUAGUCUGAAGAAACAUUUGAGGAUUCACUCUAGAAAGAAGCCAAUUUGUUGUACGGAAUGCGGCAAAAACUUUCCCGAUACUCAGAAUCUGAAGCUACAUCAGAGAAUCCAUGCUGAAAUGAAGCCCCAUGGCUGUGCAGAUUGUGGAAAACGGUUCUCACUAAUCACCAGCCUUCAGAUCCACAUGAGAAUUCACAGUGCAGAAAAUGGGUUUUGCUGCUCUGAAUGUGGCAAACGAUUUUCCCGCCUCAGCAACCUUCAGUCGCACAGCAGAAUUCACACGGGUGAGAAGCCGCAUAGCUGUUUCGAAUGCGGCAAGAGGUUCUCCCACACGUGCAACCUUCAGAGACACAUCCGAAUUCACACGGGAGAGAAGCCGCACUGCUGUGCCGAGUGCGGUAAACAGUUCUCGCACAUCGGCAAUCUGCAGCGACACUCGAGAAUCCACACGGGCGAGAAGCCAUACUGCUGUGCCGAAUGUGGCAAGCAGUUCACGCAGAGGAAGACGCUUCUGGUACACCACAGAAUCCACACCGGGGAGAGACCAUAUUGCUGCGCAGAGUGUGGGAAACGCUUCACGGAGCGGAAAACCUUUCAGAUACACUACAGGCGGCGGCACGCUAGGGAGAAGCCCUAUUGUGCUCAAUGCGACAAGCACUUCUCGCAUGUUUCUAUCCUUCAGAGACACAUGGCAAGUCAUAUUUAAGAGAACAAAACAGAUGACACAACAAUAGUUGCCAGGUUCGGUCACUGGAAAAAUAUAACAAAAAAAAUAUAACCUGCUAGCAGCAGAGAGACAGAGGGACCACCCUUCAGCCCACAUAACAGAACAGGAGUAGUGUUAGUCACUUGGCACACACCGAUUCCACUGGAUGGGAUAGUUGAUGCCAGAAAGAGAAAUCGUCGUAGACAUUUCAGUACCAUGUGACUCUUCAGUGCUAAGAAAAAUAUCUAAAGUGCCAGAAAAUGCAAUCAGAGAUGCGUGACAUCUAAACUGACAUUAUCAAGCUGGUGCUCUGGUGUCCACAGGGCUUAUUAGGGGAAGCUUUCAGGCCCAUCUUGACGUCCUCCUGAUUUCAAUUUACCUCUAUUAACUAUAGAAGGUAAUGUCGUUGCCAUAUUUUUAUCGUGACCAUGAAGUGUUUUUUUUUCUUAUUUCUGCCAUGCACAUGCAGCAGGAGUGCACGUGCACUAUAUAAGAGAGACUGUGCAGACUUUAAAAGUUGGUCGAAUUUUUAAAUGGCGUGUAAUGUCACCUAUCCAAGUUCUAGGCUAAACGGUGACUGAAUGUUAAAAUGUACGGAUUUUCAGCUGGUCCCAUUCCACUCCUCUGGUUACAUCACAUACUUAACAAUCUGGGCACUCGGUCACCAUCUGCUGUUGAAACCAAGCGCAUACGCCACACGGUCAAAGGUAGGUGGACACCCACACAUCACACCAGCACAUGCUUGUUGGAUCAUCGCAUCCCAAACCUGGAGGUGGUUUUUACCCCUUUUUGGCUUUAUCAACCUCCACUCGAUAUUUGGACAUGGCUAAAGCACAAGAGCAUUAGUGAAGGUCGGGCACCGAUGUUGGCACACAGCCUAAUGGUGUUCAGGCUGCUCAAGUUCUUCCACAUUAGGUCUGUGGGAACCUCCCUUGGUGAUGCUGAGACGGCAAACUGGAAGUCCUCAAUCCUGUAGAACGGCAAGUAUUGAGAUUUCCCCUUCAUCGCCCCAGCCCUAUUGGUCCACCCUCCACCCCACUUUACAGCUGGCUCUCCUGCCAGUGGCUGACCCCAGAGUCGUCUUUCAGUCUACCAAAUGGUGAAGUGUGCUUCACCACUGCGGGGUCCGGAGACCGUGUGCUCUACAUGGCUUUGGCUGCUUUGGUGAAGCCCCCGGAAGAUAGGGUCUCAUGCUGAUGUUACUUCCACACUUUCUACUGAGGAUGGUCGAUUUCUGACACACUUGAGCACUCUGUGGUCAAAUCCUGUGAGCUUGUGUGGCUUGCCCCAUAUCGGCCGAGCUCUGCUUCUCGAUAUCAACAUAUCGCUUGGACACAGCAAUCGUAGGGAGCAGCAUUUCUUAUCCAAAUAUAUUUGUGUGUUUCACGUUUUGCAAUGAGUCGUAGGGGUAGUUUCACACAUCUCUACUGUCCACCUCUAUUUUGCCAUUUUUGUGCCUUUUUCUUAUGUAGUUUGCUCCUUUCAUUUUAUUUUAAUAAUGACAAUAACAAAAAAAAAAAAAACAGAAGAGGGGAGGGCAAACGACACUGAAUGACAGGUGGAAUCUCCAUUAGUUUGAUCGGGAGAUAAGAACGGCCUCAAUGAGCAGAAUGCCUGGAAAAUACAAAUUUCAAAACAUGACCUCCCCUCCCUGGUCCUUAACCACUGCCUGUAGUCAGAGGGACUUUUGUUGUUGCUUAGUUGUGUUUAUG